GCUGAAGGAGAGCACCUGCCCCUCACUGACAAGGUACUUCAAGCUGCAGUUUUUCUACGUCCCUGUGAAGAGGAACUGCUUGGCUCCACCGACCCCACUGAUGCAUCCCUCCCCAUCCCUGGGGGACCCGCAGCUCCGGGACUCAGCACCGGCGGAUCCCACCCUAGCUGGGACGGAGAGCAGCACCAAUGACAUCUCCCACUACAUUGGCAUGUUGGACCCAUGGUACGAGCGCAAUGUUCUUGGGCUGAUGAACCUGCCCAUGGAUGUCCUGUGUCAGUCUGCCAAGCCGGAGUCUGAGCCCCAGGAGAACUCUCAGGAGCAGCUGCCCAUCCUGGCCGACGUGAUCCUCUACUACUGCCGCUUCGCCACGCGCCCUGUCCUGCUGCAGCUCUACCAGACAGAGCUCACCUUCAUUGGGGGAGAAAAGCUGACCGAAGUCUUUAUCCACUCCCUUGAGCUGGGCCACUCUGCGGCCACCCGGGCCAUCAAAGCGUCAGGUCCAGGCAGCAAAAGGCUGGGCAUAGAUGGAGACAGAGAAGCAAUCCCACUAACACUACAGAUCGCCUACAGCAAAACAGCCGUCAGUGGAAGAAGUCACUGGAACGAUGUUGAGAAGGUCUGCACAUCUGUCAACCUUAGCAAAGCCUGCAAGAAGUAUGAAGAACUAGCCUCAAAGACAGAGUGUCUCAACUUGACCAUGACAGAGGUGGUUAAAAGGCAAAACUCCAAAUCCAAAAAAAGUUUCAAUCAGAUCAGUGUGUCCCAGAUAAAGGUAGACAAGGUCCAGAUUAUCAGUCUCCAGUCUUCCUUCGCUGUGUGCCUGGACCAGGAUGAGCAGAAGAUCCUACAGAGUGUAACCAGGUGUGAGAUCUCUGUGUGCUACAAACCCAGGGACAGUGAUGUCUUUGCACUGAGAAGGUCCUCUUUGCCUCCCCAAGACUCCUCUGAGUUUCAUUCUCUCCUCUGUUUACCCAUUGCCACCUUCAGUGGAGCACUGCCAUAG